ACAAAACCACAUCAGACAACAAAAGACGACACAGAGAGAUAGAGAGAGCUCAUGGCAUUGGCAACGACAACCCUCAUCAGCAACCUCUCUCUUCCGAGUCAACUCGGCAACUCGAGGCCGGACUCAUUCAAGCUCAAUAACCCUUUCACCGUUAAUCUCAAACGCUUCUCUUUAUUCCCGGCAGUCACUGUUCGAGCUUCUUCCACCGCCUUCGUCGAGACCAUUCCAUCUGACCCAAUUGAGGUUCAGAAUGAAGCCAGUGUCUGCAACGACCUGUUAGCUUGUCCUAUAUGCUUUGAACCAUUUGCAUCAAAUGGCGAGUCUGGUUCUGCCGCUAGUUUAGAAUGUAGCACUUGCAAGAAGACUUAUUUGGCCAAUGAGACACAUUUGGACCUGACAGUGGCAAGCGGUGCCAAAAACUAUGGUGAAUCAAUGCCGGCUUCAACGGAGAUUUUCAGGACUCCAUUGGUAUCUUUCCUCUACGAGAGAGGCUGGCGUCAAUCCUUUUCAGUAUGGGGUGGUUUCCCUGGGCCAGAGAAAGAGUUCGAGUUGGUUAAGGAUUACUUAAAACCAGUCUUGGGUGGAAGCAUAAUUGAUGCCAGUUGUGGGAGUGGGUUAUUUUCUAGACUUUUCGCCAAGAGUGGAUUGUUUUCUCAUGUGGUUGCGCUGGACUACUCAGAAAAUAUGUUGAAGCAGUGCUAUGACUUCAUUGAGGAAGAAGAGAACUUUCCCAAAGAGAACAUAACUUUGGUCAGAGCUGAUAUUUCUAGGCUUCCCUUUGCUACCAGUUCUAUUGAUGCUGUGCAUGCUGGUGCUGCCAUUCACUGUUGGCCUUCUCCGACAGGAGCUGUUGCUGAAAUUAGCAGAGUGCUGCGACCUGGUGGGGUGUUCGUUGCAACGACUUACAUACUUGAUGGUGCUUUUGCCUUUGUCCCAUUUCUGAGGGAAGGAACCAAGAGAACAAGGCAAGUAUCAGGCAGCCAAAUCUUCCUAUCCGAAGGCCAGUUAGAAGACAUCUGCACGGCAUGUGGGCUAGUAGGUUUUACAGUUGUGAGGAAUCGGUUAUUCGUGAUGAUCUCUGCCACAAAACCGAGUUAAAUCAGCAUUCUUUUGCCGGGAGGAUCUCCCCAGUUUGUAUAGGGUAGUACAGAGUCGGCAUUUGAUGUGAGAUGUGUUUCUCUGAAAGUUCUCUGAAGUUGUCAUAAAGAAACAACGACACUAUAGAUACCAUACCAAACGGAUGAUAUGCCACCUCUAUUCUUGCAAGUGUAUGAGGUUUCAGUCUGGAACCCAAGUUUGUAUAAUCGUACUAAAGUAUUUCAAGUAAGAUACCAGUCAGUUACCUUACCACAGUACUGAAAGGAGGCAAUUUUUCUUCAAUAAUUUGUUCCGU